AUGACCCCGUCUGCUACAAAUGGAACUGCUGCGAUACCAGAACUUCUUGAAGAGCUGAACAAAGCUCCCGAGGGCGUUGUUCUGCCUCCCAGGGACAUUAGAACUAUUAUCGAGAAGACCGCUGGAUUCGUCGCCCGUAAUGGACCUGUUUUUGAAGAUCGAGUACGCGAAAAAGAAAGGUCCAAUCCUAAAUUCUCCUUUUUGAGCGCAAACGAUGCAUACUCUGCGUUUUAUGCGUGGCGCCUUAGCGAAAUAAGGGCCGGUAGAGGGACUGCGGUUUCUGCUGGUCGAGUUGGGGAGGGGGCGGCACCGGAGCCUGAGAAACCAAAGGGUCCUGCUCAACCCCCAGACUAUCAUUUCUCUGCGCGUAUGCCGAACAUCAAUGCUCUGGACCUUGACGUCGUCAAACUGACUGCCCUGUUUGUCGCCAAGCGAGGGAAAUCGUUCAUGACCGCCCUGUCCCAGCGCGAAAUGAGAAACUUCCAGUUUGACUUCCUCCGACCGCAGCACAGUCUAUAUCAGUUCUUCACGCGGCUUGUAGACCAAUACACGGCCCUCCUUCAAGUCGGCGAGACAGAUGGUCCUAAUUCGACGUCGAGACGAUUGUCAGAGUUGGAGCGAAACGUUAAGGAUAAAUAUCACGUUCUUGAUCGAGCGAAGCAACGCGCAGAAUGGGUUAAAUAUCAGGAGCAACAGAAGCAAAAGAAGGAGGAGAAAGAGGAGCAGGAAAGGAUCGAAUACGCACAAAUAGACUGGCAUGACUUCGUCGUGGCGGAGACCGUUAUUUUCACCGAGGCAGAUGACCAUGCAGAACUCCCACCCCCAACUUCCCUAAAUGACCUCCAGACUGCAUCGCUAGAGCAAAAAGCAAUGAUGUCUCUACAACCUCAUAACAGACGAAUCGAGGAAGCCAUGCCUACAGAAGAAGAAACAACCUACUAUAACGCCUCUCAAGGUCCGACCCCUCAACCACAACACCCCUCAGCCGCCCCCUCCCCACAACCACACGGCGUACAACCCCAGCAUCCCAGCUCCGUAUCAACGCCAGCAGACCACGCAACGCAAUCACUCGCACCAAUCUCAACCCCAACAACCCCCCUUCCGGUCCCCAAUGCCGCUACCGUAGCCGCAUCUGAAGAAGAAGACCGCAUCCGCGAACGCCAACAAGACCGCGAACGCGCCCAGGCCGCCCAAGCCGCCGCAUGCGCCAUCUCCACCCCAAUCCCCGGCUCCACACAACAAACAAUGCGCAUUCGCUCCGACUACGUGCCCCGCGCACAAGCCAAACGUCUCAACACCACCGCUGCCGCCGCCACAACCAUAUGCCCCAAUUGCCGGCAGGAAAUCCCCAUUAACGAAAUCGACCACCACAUGCGCAUCGAGCUGCAGGACCCGCGGUGGAAGGAACAGCGUGCAAAGGCCGAAGCGCGCUAUGCAACCACGAACCUAUCAACGGCGGAUGUCUUUAAUAACCUGAAGCGAUUAGCUAGUCAGCGGACGGAUGUGUUCGAUCCAGCUCUUAGCGCUCUGGAUAACGUAGGUGCCGAUGGCGGGCAACAGGGCGCUGGUGCUGGUGCUGGUGCUGGUGGGGAGGGUGCACUAGAUCCGGAUGAGGAGGCGAGGCCGAAGCGUGCUGCAACUGGGAUGGGGAUUGCGGGGAUGCCACCCGGUAUCCCUGGUUAUGAACUGGCGCCAGGACAGAGUCAGGGACUAGAUGGACAGGCACAGCACCAGGGACAGGGGCCGUAUAUUCCUGGUCACCCACCGCCCGGUGGUCCUCCGCCUCCGGGACAGAGCGUUAAUAUCGAAGAGCAGAUUAGGCAUAUUCACCAGAAGUUUAAGCAGUGA